AGCCGCUUCAGCGCGCUUUUCGCUCGCUCUUCUCAGGCAAACCGGCCCCCGACGACGCUCCCGUCCACUCAAUGCGCGCCCCGCUCUUUCUCCUCCUCCUCCCGCUGCUCCGGAGUCCAGUCUACCAACAUGCUGCUGGAUCAGAGCUAAAUGUGACAAAAGAUGAGCAAAACAUGCCCAUUGUGAAGACGUUCAACACAUCGUCCACUGAUCUGUUGUCAGCAGGCGUUGAGUAUGAAGAGGCAGAAGAAGACAACGUGAAGGACGGGAGAGCAUCUCGGUUCCUUGUGAGUGAUGCAGGAAGAGAGAAAUCACCCAUUAAGAAUCCAGCAAAAUUAGAUGGUGGAAAAAAGAACCCUAACAAAUCCAAAAGAAAAGGAAAUGAGAAGAAAACUAAAAAGAAAGAUAAAACUCCAUGUGAAGGAAAAUAUAAAGGUUUCUGUGUUCAUGGUGAAUGCAGAUAUAUUGAACAGUUCCCAACACCUGUGUGCAGAUGCCACCCAGAUUACUUUGGUGAACGUUGCGUGGAACAGUUUUUGAAGACGCGAAAGACCAAUGAUGAACCGAGCCUCUCAAAAACAGCACUUGUGGUGGUAUCGAUUUUCUUCUCAGUCGUCAUUUUUGCUCUCAUUGUCAUUGUCAUCACUGAACAGGUAAGAAAAAAAUGCACUAACUAUGAGGAAAUAGAGGAAAGGGAAAAUCUCCAACAACAAAAUGGAAUUCCCAGCAAUAAUGUCUAA